AUGAAAAUGCGCGGUCCCGUAGAGAAACGUCGCGAAAGCUCGUCCACGACCUCGCGGCACGAGACUCAUGAAAAACUAAUCAAUCAGACAGUCUUAUCAGAGUUCAAGCGGAUUAUAUUUGGGUAUAACACAAUGCAGGCCGUGCAAGUGCUGAGGAAAAUUUAUGAUGAUUAUCAGAAGUCAACGCCAUCAAGACUCAAGAUCAUUGAUGCUUAUAUGGUGUACAUAUUACUUACCGGAAUUGCACAGUUCGUCUACUGUUUCAUGUUGAACUUUCCAUUCAACUCAUUCUCAUGUCUUCGCAUUCAAGUGAAUGAGGAAAACAAGUCCGAGUUCUCCCACAUUUCUCCCGAACGAGCUUUUGCCGAUUUCAUAUUUGCCCACGUUGUUCUUCAUCUUGUUGUUGCAAAUUUCCUGGGUUAA